CCGGCAGGACAAGCGCAGCCUCCCCGCGGAGAGGCCCGGGAGAAGCCAGAAGUGUGACACCUAGAGCUGUUUAGGAGCUACUUGCCCUCUUUUCUGAACCUUUUACAGAACUAUGGUCACAAGAGGGAAGAGAAAGUGUGAGUGUUCACUCUAAAGAGGCUCUAAUCCAGAAAUUAAGGAGGCUGUGAGGGCUGCUGAAGAUGUCAGAUAGUCUGGAUAUUGAAGAGAAACCUCCAGCUCCACCGUUGAGAAUGAACAGCAACAAUCGCGAUUCUUCAGCGUUAAACCACAGCUCCAAACCGCUCCCCAUGGCCCCCGAGGAGAAGAACAAGAAAGCCAGGCUGCGCUCCAUCUUCCCAGGAGGAGGGGACAAAACCAACAAGAAGAAAGAGAAGGAACGUCCUGAGAUCUCUCUUCCCUCAGACUUUGAACACACCAUUCAUGUGGGAUUUGAUGCUGUCACUGGAGAAUUCACAGGCAUUCCAGAGCAGUGGGCCAGGCUACUACAGACCUCCAACAUAACAAAACUGGAGCAGAAGAAGAACCCACAGGCUGUUCUAGAUGUUCUCAAAUUUUAUGAUUCAAAAGAAACAGUUAACAACCAGAAAUACAUGAGCUUUACAUCAGGAGAUAAAAGCGCCCAUGGAUACAUAGAAGCCCAUCCCUCGAGCACAAAAACGGCAUCAGAACCUCCUCUGGCUCCCUCUGUGUCUGAAGAAGAGGAUGAAGAUGAUGAAGAGGAGGAAGAUGACAAUGAACCUCCGCCCGUUAUCGCCCCACGGCCUGAACACACAAAAUCAAUCUACACCCGCUCUGUUAUUGAACCUGCCGCUGCACCAGCACCAGCUAAAGAAGCCACCACUCCCCAGCCUGAAAACUCCAACACAAACACCCUGUACAGAAACACAGACCGGCAGAGAAAAAAGUCCAAGAUGACAGAUGAGGAGAUCCUAGAGAAACUGAGGAGCAUUGUGAGUGUGGGAGAUCCUAAGAAGAAAUACACUCGAUUUGAAAAAAUUGGCCAAGGGGCUUCAGGAACUGUUUAUACAGCGAUUGACAUUGCCACAGGGCAAGAGGUGGCCAUAAAGCAAAUGAAUCUCCAACAGCAGCCCAAAAAGGAACUAAUUAUCAAUGAAAUCCUGGUCAUGAGGGAAAAUAAGAAUCCCAAUAUUGUUAACUAUUUAGACAGCUACCUUGUAGGUGAUGAGCUGUGGGUGGUGAUGGAGUACUUGGCUGGAGGCUCUUUAACUGAUGUUGUCACCGAGACAUGUAUGGAUGAAGGACAGAUUGCUGCUGUCUGUCGAGAGUGCCUGCAAGCCCUGGAUUUCCUUCAUUCCAACCAAGUGAUCCACAGAGACAUCAAAAGUGACAAUAUUCUUCUUGGGAUGGACGGAUCUGUCAAAUUGACUGAUUUUGGCUUCUGUGCUCAGAUCACCCCUGAGCAGAGUAAACGGAGCACAAUGGUGGGGACUCCUUACUGGAUGGCACCAGAAGUUGUAACAAGAAAAGCAUAUGGCCCCAAGGUGGACAUCUGGUCACUUGGGAUCAUGGCAAUAGAAAUGGUGGAAGGAGAACCUCCUUACCUUAAUGAAAAUCCUCUCAGGGCACUGUAUCUGAUAGCUACAAACGGGACACCAGAGCUGCAGAACCCAGAGCGACUCUCGGCCGUGUUCCGAGACUUCCUCAACUGCUGCCUGGAGAUGGACGUGGACAGGCGAGGCUCUGCCAAGGAACUUCUGCAGCAUCCAUUUUUAAAACUAGCCAAGCCACUCUCGAGCCUGACUCCUCUGAUCAUUGCGGCAAAGGAAGCGAUUAAGAACAGCAGCCGCUAGCACUGCAGGUCGGCUUUGUGCCCUGCCAGCUCAGAGCAGGACUGAGAACACAAACUCUGCAAAACCUCAACUCUCAUGCUGCGGGACAGAUGGAUGGAUGAACAAACCAACGGUCACAGUCAUGGUGGUAGGACCACCCCAGUUCCUCAAGGAGUAAAAAAAAUUAUCAUUUGUCUUC